AUGAAAAAAUGGAUUAACUAUAUUAGAUUUUGCAAAUUUUUCACGAUAUUAAAUCAAAUUUUUCGUCACUUUUUUGAUUUCAAAAAACAAAAAAUGUCUAUAUUGUCACCAGUAAGCGUAUGUAGGCCAUCAAGUCUCAAAGAAUUCAUGCCACUUAGAGAAGAAGUUCAUAAGAUAUACGGGGUUGCAGAUUUUAAUAAUCUAGGUGUUCAAAUUCCGUCUUCUCUAUAUUACCAUGGAAUUGAAUUAUAUUUUGAGCAUGACUCAAUUGAAUACAACAUGCCACGAUCAACUGUAAUAAGCAUAAUCGGUAUUAUCAAAAUAACAAUUUCAGAUUAUUUUUCACCACAUGGCGAUAUGGAUCCCAGCGAUCCUGAUAAACCAGCACUUCUCGUAAUCACCCAUUUAGCUGAUGUUUUCAAUCAAAACACUGUCAAUGUUAUUACAUUUACUGCUAUCCGAUCGGAUCUCGAAAAAUUCAAAAGAGAAGUGGAAGCAAUCAUCCAAAAGCUUAAAUCAGGAAUCAACAUUAGCAUUUCUACGGACAACCUCCACAAAAAGUUGAGAACACGUGCACAAUCUUUCCAAAUCGAAGCACUCAUGAAUGAACAAGCAAUGCUCCGUGAAAACAAGUUCAUCAUGAGCCAAGAAUCAUCCAUAGUGUCUCUUCCUGAGAUAGAAAAUAUACGACUUUUCCUUCCAAAGAGAUUCCGUCUGCUCCCAUGGAAGUUACUUUUCUCGGCAGCCGAACACGGUGUUUCAUUCUCGACCCUUUAUGAAAAGACUGAUAAGAAAACAGCUCUUGUUCUCAUUCUUCUUGGAAAAGAUGGAUCCAGAGUCGGAGCUUUCCUUCCAGAAGGAAUCCAGAUCCGAGAUGGCUUUUACGGAAAUGGAGAAACAUGCGUUUUCCACUUCAAUCCUUAUUUUGCUGGCUUCCGUUGGACUCAGAAUAAUGAUCUCUUUUUAUCUUGCUCAAAGAAGGAUAUUAUCAUCGGUGGUGGUUCACAAAGAUCUCUCGAUCAUGGCAGUGCCAUUUAUAUCGAUGACAACUUCAUGAAUUGUUUCACAUCCCAGUGCAAAACAUUUGAUUCUCCACCGCUGGCUAAUAAUGAGUCCUUCAAGAUCAUUGCUGUUGAAGUCUGGCAUGUUCAUCAUUAG